CUCAGGUGAGGAAUUAUGAGGCUUAUUGUGAAUCUGUUAUUUUUCUUUCUAAUGGCUGUGAGAGGGGAAAGCCCUGUGUGUCACCCAUAUGGCGCAAAAGAGAUGUCUCAGUUUUUUAAGGAAGGGGAUAUCAUCAUUGGGGGAAUUUUCUCCUUCCACCAGAACCCAGUCACUGUCAGUCCAGAACUCACAACCAACCCAGGAUCAAUCCAGUGUAAAGGGCUGGAAAUGGGUGAGCUGCAGUAUGCACACACUAUGAUGUUUGUGAUAGAUGAAAUUAACAAUAGCACUGAGCUGCUGCCCGAUGUGAAACUUGGUUAUAGGAUAUUUGACUCUUGCCCCAGUGUACCCCUGUCUAUCAGGUCAUCACUGAAUCUAAUGAAUCUAUACGAAAACAAAAAAAAGACAUGCAUGAGUUUCUCCAGUGUGUGCGCUGUCAUUGGUGACACCACUUCUACAUCUACAAUAGGGAUAGCACGUACACUGGGACCCUUCAACAUUCCUCUGAUCAGUCAUUCAGCCACCUGUGCAUGUCUUAGUGACAGGAAAAUCUAUCCAUCUUUCUUUCGAACCAUACCAAGUGACAUUCAUCAAAGCAAAGCACUUGCAAAGCUUGUUAAACAUUUCGGGUGGACUUGGGUAGGAGCAGUUCGAACUAACAAUGAUUAUGGAAAUGGUGGCAUGUCCACCUUCCUGGAAGCAGCAACAAAGGAAGGUGUAUGUGUGGAGUAUUCAGUAGCUAUUUACAGAACUGAUCCCAGAAAGUCUUUUCUAGAAGUGGUGGAAAUUAUUAGAAAAUCCACUUCUAAGGUUAUAGUUGCCUUUGCUGAUGCUACAGAUCUUGAUAUACUUAUGAAAGAGCUUUAUGCUCAGAAUGUGACAGGUCUUCAGUGGGUAGGAAGUGAAGGAUGGAUUACUUAUCGUUAUUUUGCCUCUCAGGAAAACUAUGCUGUGGUUCAGGGGGCAGUGGGCUUUGCAGCACUGAAUGCUCAUAUUCCUGGACUUCAAGAGUUUCUCCUCAACAGCAGACCAUCCACCACACCAGGAAAUCAGGGACUUGUUGAGUUGUGGGAAGAUAUAUUUCACUGCACCUUGUCACCGGAAAGAGUUAAUUACCCAGAUGAUGGUGUUAAAGUCUGCAGUGGAACAGAGAGUUUGCGGGAUGUUAAGAUACGAUUUACUGAUGUUACAGAUGCAAGCCUGAUGAAUAAUGUCUACAAAGCCGUAUAUGCUAUUGCUCAUGCCUUGAGCAUGCUAUUCGAUUGCAAAGACAGACAUGGGCCUUUUCAGAACAACACAUGUGCUGACAGGAAAAAUAUUCAGCCAUGGCAGGUGUUACACUAUCUAACACAGGUAAAUUUCACAACUAAGAAUGGUGAAGAUGUUUUCUUUGAUGAGUCGGGUGACCCUGUAGCACGUUACGCAUUAGUAAACUGGCAGUUGGAUAACACAGGGUACAUACAGUUUAAAACUAUUGGUUUUUACGAUGCCUCCUGGCCUGAAGGUCAGCAAUUUGAGAUGAAAACCGGAGUGAGAGCUAUCUGGGCAGGAGAAAGUCCUGAGGUACCACGUUCCAUUUGCAGUGACAGCUGUUUACCAGGUACUCGUCGGGCAGUCAUUAAAGGCAAACCAGUCUGCUGCUUUGACUGUAUCCCAUGUGCUGAGGGGGAGUUCAGCAACAGUACAAGUGAGGCAGCAGGAUAUGUAGCCUUUACCUUGGUGCUCAUUGUGUUUCUGCUGGGCAAAAUUACUACCAGCUCACUGUUGGUUUAUUUGAAAAAGUGUUCUCUGUGCAGCCUAAAUGUACUUAUUCUUUCAGAUGCUGUAAAAUGUGAAAAAUGCCCUCCUGAGUACAAUUCCAAUGAAGAGAAGAACCAGUGUUACUUAAAACCGAUUGAGUUCCUCACAUUUACAGAAAUAAUGGGUAUAAUGUUGGUCACUGUUUCUGUCCUUGGUGCAUUUUCAACUGUGACUGUAAGCCUGAUAUUUUUCUACCAAAGACAUACGGCAAUUGUUAGAGCCAAUAACUCUGAGCUAAGUUUCCUGCUGCUGUUCUCCUUAACUUUGUGUUUCCUGUGCUCUCUGACUUUUAUCGAUCGGCCGUCUGAUUGGUCCUGCAUGCUACGGCACACAGCCUUCGGCAUUACGUUUGUCCUAUGUGUGUCCUGUAUUCUCGGAAAAACAACUGUGGUGUUGUUGGCCUUUCAGGCUACAGUUCCAGGUAAUAAUGUGGUAAAAUGUUUUGGGCCUUUACAGCAGAGACUAAGCGUUUUAGCUCUUACUCUUCUACAGGUUUUGAUUUGUGUAAUAUGGCUAGUAAUCAACCCCCCCUAUCCAUUCAAAAACACAAAAUAUUACAGGGAGAAGAUCAUACUAGAAUGUGCACUUGGGUCAUCUUUAGGCUUCUGGGCUGUAUUGGGGUAUAUAGGGAUUUUGGCCAUGUUAUGCUUUGGAUUGGCCUUUUUAGCAAGAAAGCUCCCUGACAAUUUUAAUGAAGCUCGAUUUAUCACUUUUAGCAUGCUAAUAUUCUGUGCUGUGUGGAUCACUUUUAUCCCAGCUUAUGUAAGCUCUCCUGGAAAAUUAAGUGUUGCUGUGGAAAUAUUUGCAAUUUUGGCUUCGAGUUAUGGACUGCUGUUUUGUAUUUUUUUGCCAAAGUGUUACAUAAUUUUAUUUAAACCCCAAUACAACACAAAAACACAUUUGAUGAGUAAAAGGGCACGGAAGGCUCUUUAAUAUAUUUCUUAAAAAAAUAAAUUAAUUAAAAAUCACACAAUUGUUUCUCUUAAAGCUUAAAAUAUUAAAGUUUAAGUCAAGUUCUGAACCCCUUAUUCUUUUACUAAAACUAUUUGUGUGUUCUUGUACAUAAAAAUUGAUCAUCAACAAGACCCAUAAAUUUGGUACUCCAACUUGGAAAGUAAAGGAUCACAAAGCUUUCUGAGAUGAGUAUAUUUAUGCAUAAUCUAUUUUAUUUGCAUAGCUAUUUUUUACACAUUAAUGAAA